CCUCCUAACUUUUAGAGCCCUUCAAGUGGUUGACUUACUAAACCCAUUGGAUGGAACUUGCAACCCACAAAAUAAUAAUAAUAAGAAUUGUUUAUUAAAAUAAGAAAAAUUGUCAAUAGAAUAGGCAAAAUCAAGGUUCUAUAAAGAGGGGUUCUCUUAGAGCUGUCGUAUGUGAAAAUCCUUGUGAGAUGGAUCAGUUUGUUAUUGCUCUCCUUUCAGUCCUGGUACUGUCCAUUGUAUGGUUCAUAAAGGUAUUUUUCAAUUUUGCCAAAAGAACUCCUCCCUUGCCACCCGGGCCUCGAGGCUUGCCCAUCCUCGGAUACUUGCCGUUCUUGGGCAAGAAUUUACUCCAUCAGUUCGGCGAUUUGGCACGCCAAUAUGGCCCAAUCUACAAACUCUAUCUUGGGAACAAACUUUGCGUCGUGAUCAACUCACCAUCCCUCCUAAAAGAAGUGGUUCGCGACCAAGACUCGAUCUUCGCUGAUCGUGAUGCUAAUAUUGCAGCGCUAACAGCAACCUACGGUGGAAAUGACAUUGCGUUUUCGCCGCACAAUUCCCGAUGGCGGGCGAUGCGAAAAAUAUUUGUCCGCGAGGUGCUCAGUAGCAGCAGUCUCCAGGCAUCGUACAGUCUUCGAAAGGACGAGGUCAAAAAGGCCAUCAGAGAUGUGUACAAUAAUACAGGAAAACGGGUCCAGGUUGGUGAACUCUCAUUCCGAACUGAACUUAAUGUCAUAAUGAACAUGUUGUGGGGAGGCAUAGUUGAAGGGGAAGAAGGCCAAAGAGUGGGAGACGAAUUCCGAGAAGUGGUCAUCAAGCUUAUAAAUUUGAUCGAAAAGCCAAAUAUUGCGGACUUUUAUCCAGUCCUUGCUCGGUUUGAUAUUCAAGGUGUAAAGAAAGAGAUGGAGGGUUAUGUGCAGUCUCUGGACAGGAUUUUUGAGGACAUUAUUGCUAGAUAUAGAAAGAAGUUAUCGGGAGAAAUAAAGAAAGAAGGAAAGAAGGACUUCCUUCAAGUCUUGUUAGAGCUAAAUGAGAGAGAAGAUUCUGAGAUGUCAAUGAGUUUGACACAAAUCAAGGCCUUAUUUGUGGAUAUUGUAGCAGGCGGGACAGACACUACAGCAGCAACGAUUGAGUGGGCAAUGGCCGAACUUCUGAAUAAUCCAAAGGCCAUGGAAAAUGUACAGAACGAAUUAUCUGAGAUGGUGGGAAUGAACACUGAAGUUGAAGAGUUCCAUAUACCAAAACUGAAGUACUUAGAAGCAGUUCUCAAAGAAACAAUGCGUUUACAUCCAACUAUACCCCUCUCGGUCCCAAGGUCUCCAACCCAAACUUCGAUAGUUGGGGGAUACACCAUCCCAAAAAGAACCAAGGUCUUCAUAAACAUCGGGUGGAUCCAAAGGGAUCCUUCUAUUUGGGAUAGUCCAUCCGAAUUUAAGCCAGAUAGGUUUCUAUACGAAAAUAAAAAUUGUGAUUUUAGUGGUAACAAUUUCCAUUAUCUCCCUUUUGGAUCGGGAAGAAGGAUUUGUGCUGGCCUGCCCCUUGCGGAGCGAAUGCUGAUGUAUUUACUAGCUUCACUUUUACAUUCGUUUGAAUGGAAGCUACCAGAUGGUGAAACAGUCGAUAUGUCGGACAGGUUUGGAAUUGUCACGAAGAAAAGUACACCACUGCUUGCUAUACCCACCCCCAGGUUACCCGAACCAAACUUGUAUGCAUAAUUAUUUCAUAUCGUGUAAGUAGAAUUUCUGGCCUUGUUGAAUAAAGUAGGAAGUUGCCGUUGCUAGAAGAUCAUAGGACUUCCUGUACGUACACAUAUGUAUGUGUUGUGGUUUAAAUUCCAGGAAACUCUUAGUUAUUUGAAUUGUGUUUUCGGUUGAACACAAGAAUCUUUGUUUAACACCC